CAAAAUCGGGCUUAUGUAUUCAUUUCUUCCAUUGAAUAACACUGUUGACGUGCACUAUUUUACGAUAUCAUUUACAAAUCUAAAGAAAUGCACUUCUAACAAAAAUGAUACUAGUAGUAGAUAAGAUAUGAGCGGCUGAUCUGUAUGGGCAAUUGUGAAAUUAAUACUAUAGAUUGUAUGCUUCUUAUCGGUAAUUGGGUCGCAUUCCGAAAUGCGGUGCGUGCCUAAAGAGAAGAAAGAGCAUGAGCGGAAAACAGCAAGCCAAAAUGCAAAUUAUUUUUAGUCAUUGCCAUACCGUCAAGGUGGCAACAGCUCGUUUUGGUGUGUUCAAGAAUUUGAGUUCAUUGCUAUUUAAGACAGUGCCAGGUCACUGUUUCUGAGGCAUGGCAAAGUGAAAGGAAAAACGCGAAGGUGGAAUUAGGAGACAACGAGAAGGACUCAAAUAUCGAAGACCUGUCCGUCCCACUCCACCACAUGCCCGCAAAGACGUUAAACUUCUGGCUUAGUUAAUUCAUUUGCGAAGUUAAGAAGCGAAGUGAUGCCCGAGGAAGUCGGCCUUGUUGAUCCUGAAAAUAAAGAUGACAAGGAAAAGCUGUACAAGGAAUUCGAUGAUGUGUUCGAAAACGUGCGAUCGUUCGGUACAUACCAGCGCCUCCUGUAUUUCCUGACUAAUCUGAUAUGUAUUCCCCUGAUGGCGCAGUUCUCUUCCCUGGUAUUCGUUAUGGGCACGCCCCAGUUCCGAUGUGCCACGCCCAACACUACCUGCCCGCCUAGCAAGUGUUGUGAUAACUGUACGGAGUAUGUGUUUAAAGGACCUCUCAAGACUACAGUAGCAGAGUGGAACCUGAUUUGUGACCGCGCGUACCUGGGCGCCACUCUCCAGUCGUGCUAUUUUGUGGGGAUGUUGAUUGGCUCGUUGGUCGGUGGCGUCCUCUCGGACUUGUUUGGACGCAAGAAAUGCAUUUUUUUCUUCAGCGCCUUUUUGACGGUGUUUGGGGGAGCAUCUUCGUUUGUGCAUCAUCCCGUGGCCUUUGCUGUGCUUCGUGUCUUCGUCGGCAUCAGUCUUACUAGUGUCAUGCUUACACAGUUUGUGUACGUCAUGGAGAUUGUAGGACCUCGAUAUCGGACGAUGGCCAGUAAUGUCAUGGACAUCUUCUGGUAUGGAGGUGCUUGCUUUCUUAUUCUGUUCGCGUACCUUCUUCCGGCCUGGCGUUGGCUCUCGCUGGUCUACACGCUACCGAUAGCAUUAAUUCUACCGUUCUGGCCCUGGAUCCCCGAGACUCCGCGAUGGCUGGCAGCUAACGGCUCACUGGACGAGGCCCAUCGCAUCUUAAUGAAGUUCGGAGGAAGCAAGGGAAAGUCAUUGGACUCGGCGCAGCUCAGAGCUUUACUCGACCAAAUCAGACAAGACCAAAUCGAACGCAUCGUGAAAGCCAAGAAAGAUACGCCUGUGGACAUGUUCCGGACGAGCAAGAUGAGAAAGUUUUCUCUGAUUGUUUGUCUUCACUGGUUUGUUACUGCCCUGCUUGGCUUUGGAAUUUUUCUUUUCAUAAUGCAGCUUGCUGGCAACAUCUAUAUCAACUAUUUCAUCAUGCGAUUCUUGACACUGCUAAGGGUGUUCCUAAGCUGGCUCCUGUACGCUAAGUUCGGUAGGCGUUUGGUUUUUGGUGGAUUCAUGACUGGAGCAGGUGUCAUUUGUCUGAUUGUGCUGGCAAUAUACCAAGACUACCCACUCGUCACUACUGGAAUAGCUAUUGCAGUCAAAAUUAUGAUUGAUUGUAAUUGGGCUGGAAUUUACCUAAUGACCUCUGAAGUUUUCCCAACUGUACUUAGGAAUACCGCGAUGGGGAUGGGUUCAUGCAGCGCUCGUAUAGCAGCAAUUCUAGCACCCUACAUCGUCAUGACGGGUCAGUUACCAGGCCUCUCACUUGCCCUCCCGGUCACCAUAUUUGGCGUGUGCGCCAUUGUUGGUGGUAUAGCAACCUACUGGCUUCCCGAGACGCUCUUCGCGCCGAUGCGUCAGACGGUGGAGGAGGCGGAUGCAGCUGAUGACGAUUAUCGGCUAGUCUGUUGGGGGAAACCGCUGACACGGAAAGGAGACCCGAAGACGGCUCAAGUCAAAGAAUCAGAAGGAUAUUCAAAGGUCCCGUUAGACUGUUAGAUAUGAAAAAAUGUAGGCGUUACUGAAAUUCUCUCAAGACAGCCUUAUUAGUAAUAUUAACUAGUGAUAAAAUUAAUUUUGUAACUAUCGAAACCCAUCAAGGACAAGUGAUGAGGUUGCAUCAUAAGAAGAGUAGUUUAUUACUCAUGUUGUUCAAUUUUGUACUUUUCUUCGUCUACACACAAGAUGCCCAGGCUACUUGAUUAUGUAAUACAGGAAAUGGUAAUGUAUUACGGUCAUUGUAAAUUUCUACAGCAAGUGCCACAUCUAUAAUUGGGUUAUUGACUUAAGUACUUGGUCGACACUUUAUGUAAAGGCUUUGAAAGCAAAUUGUUAGCUUAUACCUUUUCGAUCGAGUCCGUUAACUGUAACCCCCUCUGACUCAAAUCUCUUCAGAGCUCGAGUAAGCAAGGUAAUCACAGUAUUAUUAAGGAUAAUUACUUUUUCAUUAAAGAACUCAUGCACAAUACACUA